AUGACGUUCCCGAGCUGUUUGAUUUUGUGAAGAUGGCGGCGAGUAGGUGAAUGGCUGGAGAGGAUCUGAACAGCAAAACAUUUCAUUUCAUGAUAUAUUCUCUCUGACGCCUUUUAAGAUACACAAGGAUUCAAUUAACGGAUGUUUCGGCAUAGUAACAAUUCAAGUAGAUUUUCUAAAACGAAGUAUUAGGAUGGUAAUAUGACACAGAGCAAAAAGAAGAAACGGGCGAAUCGCAGUCUUCUGCUGGCUAAAAAAAUCAUCAUCAAGGAUGGAGGGACAUCACAAGGCUUCGGGGCUCCCAGUGUUUACCAUGCAGUCAUCGUCAUCUUUUUGGAGUUCUUCGCUUGGGGCCUCCUUACCGCGCCCACGUUGGUGGUUCUUCACGAGACCUUCCCAAAGCACACGUUUCUAAUGAAUGGCCUGAUUCAGGGAGUUAAGGGUCUGCUGUCGUUCCUGAGCGCUCCUCUGAUUGGAGCCCUCUCAGACGUUUGGGGGCGCAAGUCCUUCCUUCUUCUCACCGUGUUCUUCACCUGCGCCCCCAUCCCGCUUAUGAAGAUCAGCCCCUGGUGGUACUUUGCGGUGAUCUCCGUGUCAGGGGUGUUUGCGGUCACGUUCUCUGUGGUCUUUGCCUAUGUGGCUGACAUCACUCAGGAGCAUGAGAGAAGCAUGGCCUACGGCCUGGUGUCUGCCACCUUCGCUGCAAGUCUAGUGACGAGCCCGGCGAUCGGCGCAUACCUGGGCCGCGUGUAUGGCGACAGCCUGGUGGUAGUGUUGGCCUCAGCCAUCGCCAUGCUGGACAUCUGCUUCAUCCUGGUCGCCGUGCCCGAGUCACUGCCCGAGAAGAUGAGGCCCGCCUCGUGGGGGGCACCUAUCUCCUGGGAGCAGGCCGACCCUUUUGCUUCUCUGAGGAAAGUGGGCCAGGACUCCACAGUGCUGCUUAUCUGUAUAACAGUAUUCCUGUCUUACCUACCUGAGGCCGGCCAGUAUUCCAGCUUCUUCCUCUACCUGCGACAGAUCAUGGACUUCUCUCCGGAGAGCGUAGCUGCCUUUAUCGCUGUUCUGGGUCUGCUGUCCAUCGUGGCACAGACUGUUGUGUUGAGUCUGCUAAUGCGCUCCAUUGGUAAUAAGAACACCAUCCUACUCGGACUGGGCUUCCAGAUACUGCAGCUGGCCUGGUAUGGCUUCGGCAGUGAACCCUGGAUGAUGUGGGCCGCAGGGGCAGUGGCCGCCAUGUCCAGUAUCACCUUUCCUGCCGUCAGCGCUCUGGUGUCUCGCACAGCUGAACCCGACCAGCAAGGAGUGGGCCAGGGGAUGGUCACAGGUAUCCGUGGCCUGUGUAAUGGUUUGGGUCCUGCCCUGUACGGCUUCAUCUUUUACAUCUUCCAUGUGGAACUGGACGAGGUGCCAGCCGAGGGCCUGGACACACAUCACACACAUCAUCACCAAGAGAGUUCCAUAAUCCCGGGGCCCCCCUUCCUGUUCGGGGCGUGCUCUGUGCUGUUGGCCCUGCUGGUGGCACUGUUCAUCCCAGAGCACCCUAACCUGGGUGUGUCGCGGGGGGGCAGCUGGAAGAAGCACACGUCCCCCCACAGCCACCCCCACCCCGCCCAGCCCCCCAGCGAGGCCAAGGAGCCCCUGCUGCAGGACACCAACGUCUGACGAC